AUGGCGUCUAACUGCAUUGGGGAAUGCAUUCCGUUAUUUGUCCUCGGAAUUGCAUUUGAUGUUGUGGGCUUAGUGAUACUUCUAGUUGGUAUUUUUGCGAAUUUGCGUAUGGAUGGGAGAUUUUACGGGGAUUUCUUAAUUUACACGGGUUCAAUCAUCGUUUUUCUAAGUCUGAUCUGGUGGAUCAUGUGGUACACGGGUAACAUCAGAGUUUACGCCGAUGAUCUUGAGAAAAGUACCUUGGACAACUUUGCGCAGUGGGCAAGGAAGUUUUCAGAGAGACUCUCCAAAAGCGGACGGAAAACAAUUGAGGCUGGAGAGAAGUGUAUUGGCGGAGGCAAGGAAUCAAUGAACGGUACGAUCUCAAAGCGGAUUACAUGGGAGAACUCCAUUAGCGAAGGAUAUGACAAUGAAGGUUAUGAUCGAAAUUCUGACACCCCACCAAGUGAGAAAACGGUGGAGCUUGGGAUUCUGAAAAACUCUGAAGAGCUGUUGCAAACUGGAGUUGAUGGCAAAGCCGAGAGACUUCUCUGA